CACAGACGGAAGCAACAAUGCCCUGGACUUGCAUUGUUGGCUGAUGGAGAUAGAUACCUACCUACACUUACACGACUUACAACGUGCGUCUGUUGUUGUUAUUGUUGUUGAUGCUGUUAUUAUUUGCCGAGGACGUUAGUGUAAUUUCGCAUGCCGCACCUCUCGGCACUCGUCGACUUUUUUUUUUGUUUGUGUGGCUGCAUCUCGGCCAGAAAUCGUCAGCGUCGCCGACGGAACGGGCGGUGCUAUUUUCAUCCCCAAAGGUCACCCUUAUUCACAAAGCCUCGAGGUCUCUCGGCGAUGUGAUUGUAAGUACCUACAAGGACGGAUUCGUGCCCGCAUCAGUAGGACAUGCAUGGAUGGCCACCAAUGCAGGCCGCGCAAUGGUUUCCCUGGCUAACCUCCAAUUGCUUUGCACUCGGGCACGUGGAACGGGCGUUGAGCUACGGGCCAGACAAGACAGAUGGACAGGUCACCCAAGAGCCGCCAGCCGCCCUCGCUGGGCUUUGAUAAGAGAUGCCAAGCCGAUUGCCCGAACAGGAAGGAUUCGACUAGAGCCUGAAUACCCGCGCGCUUUUGACGCCAUUUCCAAAACAUGAAACUUUACUACUGCACACAUCGGGCUCACAAACGAUGCUACCCAUGUAUGGUUUCCCAACUAUCGGUUUAACACUGCGCAGGCAAUGCUGGCUGGGUGCUUUCCUCGGCUGCUUUGCCUCGACAAUGACGCACGCAUAUCCGAGAUACACUUCAAUUUUUUAUUUUUUUUUGCGAUAGGGUUUGUCUCUUAACCAAGACG